UACGGCCCGCUGAUUAGUUAUGCUGGGUAUUUGGUCGUGGUAUGUUUUCUACCAUGAGAUACGUAUCCGUGUACAUGAUCAUACCUCAAGGCUGCGAAUGGAAUAAUAACUACGAGUACUGUAUUGCCGUACUUGCUACAGGCCUGGUUUUGUCAAUCAACAGGUUAAUUGCAAUUUGGACAUGCGUUGUUGACUUGCGUUCCGGUACUUAAUAAUCCAGCCUCAGCCGGUUAUACGCGAUACACCAACAGUAUUAGUAUAAUAUUGUGAUUCCAUCACGGCGCUGCAUCCUUUCGUUCGGCCCAGGCAGAUUCUCCUGUAGCUACCUCCCUUCUUAAGCGGAAGCAGCAACGCCACGCCUACUGGUACGACUACCAUCUGGUACAUGCCUACAUGGAUCCGCGGCAGCUGCAUCUGUAUAAUAAUAUCAUAUGGGAAGUUGUGGCUGCGUGUGUACUGAUCAGCGCGCUCCCCGCGCUGUCUAAACAUGCAGCACCAGACUGUGGGGCUGCACGUCCCGCCGCAUCCGGACAGGAUCCGCAUUGCGCCGCCGACGGGGCGGCCGACAACGGCCAGCGGUCGCCUGAUCAACACAACCAUCCCAUACGGCCUAAUAUCGUCCUUAUUCUCCUCGACGACAUGGGCUUCAACGACGUCAGCUUCCGCGGCUCGACGCAGAUCCCGACGCCGCGCAUCGACCGGCUGGCGCGCGAGGGCAUCAUCCUGCACCGGAUGUACGCGCACUGCACCUGCAGUCCCUCCCGCUCCGCUCUCCUCACCGGCAAACACCCCUUCACCAUCGGAAUGCAGGGCCAGCCGAUCAAACCCGGCGAGCCGUGGGGAUUGCCGUUGCAGCACAAGCUUCUACCGGAGUACAUGCGCCGACUGGGCUACUCCACCCACAUGAUCGGCAAGUGGCAUCUGGGAGAUCAUCGGACGGCGUACCUGCCACAUAAACGCGGAUUCGAUACCUUUUGGGGAACGCCCGGCGGCGCGCUCGACUACUACUCCUACACGAUGAUCGAGGGAUACAAUAUGUACAACGGAUCGGAUGUGCUGCGCCUGAACGAGAGCACUUACGUCACCGACCUUUUCGCCCACUGGGCGCAGGCGCUCAUCCAGGAGCGAGCGGCCGCCCAAAAGCCCUUCUUUCUGUACUUCGCCCCAAACGGCCCCCGCGGCAGCCUUAACCGCACCGACACACUGCAGACGGCGCCCAAGUACCUGAACCGGCCUUCCGUCCAGGCCAUCGCCCAUCCGGAGCGCCGCAAAUACGCAGCGAUGAUGCAGGCGGUGGAUGACGCCGUCGGCACCAUCCACGACGCCAUCAGCGACGCUGGGAUCCUUCACAACACCAUCGUAUGGUUCCUCUCCGAUAAUGGCGGCCCGCUGCCACAACCCGGCACUUUCAGUAUCGUCGCGCCGGCGAGUAACUGGCCCCUGCGCGGCGUCAAGCAGACACUGUUCGAGGGCGGCGUCCGCGUGGCGGCCUUCGUGUGGGGCGGCCCAUACAAUGCGGUGGCCGGCGGGAGCCUGUACGAUCACCCGAUGCACCUGACGGACCUCCUGCCCACGCUGGUGGCAUCCACCCACGUUCCGGAACUCGCCGACGAGCACCACGAUAACUACAUAUUAGCCAACACAUCCACGCACGGGUAUAACCAUUGGGACUACAUUUUGACGGGCCGCGCAGGGCCCCGGCACGUGACGCCGCUGGACAUCAACCACAACGAGAGCCGCUUCGGCCUCAUCGCGGGGCGGUACAAGGUGGUCACCGGAAAUUACUCCAACGGCUCGCGGGAGUCGAAUAAAUGGAUCCGGCCGUUUGGGACCAGCGACGCGGACCCGCAGCAAAUAGAGACACGGGAACGCGUGCACUGCCACCACCCCGAGGGGCGGGAGCAGGCGCCCUGCAGUCCGGAAAAAGAGGUGUGCCUCUUCGAUCUGCUGGACGAUCCAUGUGAGACGAAUAACCUGGCGGGCGCCCGCCCGGAAGUCCUGGAGGAGCUCAUGGAGCACGUCCGCCGCUGGAACGCCAGCUAUCAUCCGGUCAUCUGGUUGGACGUCGACCCGGGCUCCGACCCGGCGCUGCACGGCGGAGUGUGGCGACCGUGGAAAGAUUAAACGCAUACUUAAUUUGCUGCCCUGUACUCUGUAUAUUUAUUGUGGAAUCAGUAAUACGAUCUAGAUACGUAAAUAAAUAGAAGUUACGCUGAAUAUUUUUUAUUAUCGAUAAAUAUCCAAUAUAAAGAAAACGAUCGCGAUAAAUAAAACGCGAUAAAUAAAUCUCGGCAGUCGAAUUAAUCAAUAGAG